AUGGCCACUGAGCCUUCCCAAGAACAGGCGUGGGCAUCGCUAGGAGAUCUGGUUCCGACAUUGUGUGAUGGAAGCUCAAGCGAGUCUUCAGCUAGCUCGCCAUUGAAUUGCAAUGGUGCUGAGAAUCUUUAUGGCGGACCCGGCUACAUGGCAUAUCCAUUCCCAGUUCAAUAUGGAGAGAGCGUGGCGCCAUUCGGGCUCAUACCAGUAGAAUUAAAAAUCGAAAGUCUCUACGACGAUUAUGAUCGGAGACGGAGAAAGAAUGGAGGAGAGAAGACCGUCUCAUCACAUGUACAUUCAGUAGGUGGUCCAACUGGUUCGCGUGGUAGUAGCAUGCUGAUGUUUUCCAGAGACGCCGAGCUCAGAAUCGAGCGGGCAUUCCGAGACAGAAAAGAAAAGCACACGAGAGACCUUGAGCAGCGAAUUGUCGAACUCGAAUGCCGGCACAAAGAUCUUUCGCAAUCAUAUGAGUUGCUCCACGCAGAAUAUAAAAAAGUCAAGGAAGAAUUAGACAAGUCCAGCAACCCCAAACCGGAAGACCUGUCGAGAAACUUCGAAGACCAGAAUUCCGGGGAGCUCCAAGGCGGGGUUUUAGAUCCUCUCCUGUUCGAUAUGUCCGCAUUUUACAUCGCACCUGACGAGCGACAACAUGUGGGAGCAUGA